CCCUCCCCUCUAACUUGCUCUGUGGUUCCCGUGCAGACCAUUCAGUACUGAGCCCACGGCAGUCCACGCCGCCGCCAAGGAUCCUAAGAACAAGAACAAAAACAGAUUUGCCAACAUCUUCCCCUACGACUCAACAGAGUUCCUCUGCAGCUUGUGGAUGGUGCUGAAGGCUCAGACUAUAUCAACGCAUCGUUGUCCACGGGUACCAGUAGGAGCAAUGCCUACAUCGCAGAUCAGGGGCCCAUGUCAGGAACCAUUCUGGAUUCUGGAGAAUGAUCUGGGAGCACCGACCUGGAAGUAUCGUCAUGCUCACCAAACUAGUGGAGGGAGGAAAAAGGAAGUGUGAGCUCUACUGGCCUGAGAAGGUGGGAGACACGUUCAAAGCCGGCUGUGGAAUCCACGUCCAGUACAAGGAAGUCGUUCCGUUUGCUGACUUUGAGAUCAAGAAAUUCAUAGUCACCAAUGAUCAGAAACCAAAGGUGCCAGCUCUAGAGGUGCAGCACUUCCAGUUCCUCAGCUGGCCAGAUCACGGAGUGCCCAAGUUUUCCACUGCACUCAUCUCCUUCAUCCGUCGUCUGAGGCAGUACCACAACCCUCAGUCUGCCAUGUUGGUCCACUGCAGUGCAGGGGUGGGCCGGACCGGGGCCUUCAUCCUCCUGGACUCCAUGUUGGAGAAGAUUGCCUCCGAGAGCAGCGUGAACGUCUACGAGUGCCUGACGAAAAUGAGGCAGCAGAGGAUCCAUCUUGUCCAGACCCUGGUGCAGUACGUGUUCAUCCACGAUGCUCUGGUUGAACUGGUCACAUGUGGAGAUACCUCAGUCCCGGCCAAAGCGCUGAGGGGGCACAUCAAGAAGAUGGUCCGGAACAUUCCUGGGGGAGAUGUGUCUGGCUUCACUGCCCAGUUCAGACUGUUGGCUAGAGUGAGCCGCAAGCCUUCAGACAGUGACAACUCUGAAGGUCUCGCUCCCCACAACAAGGACAAGAACCGCUAUCCUGGCCGCAUUCCUUAUAACAUGAACAGAGUCCGCCUCAAGCCCACCGGAGUCUCUGGGGCAGAGUACAUCAACGCCAGCUUCCUCGAUGGGUACAAGCAGAAGAAUGCGUACAUGGCAGCCCAGGCCCCUGUGGCAGCUACAGUGAACGACUUUUGGAGAAUGGUGUGGGAGUUCAAGAGCAGAGCUGUAGUCAUGCUGUGCCAACUGGAGGAAAAUGGGCAGGAGAUGAGUCAUCAGUACUGGCCCACUCAGCUCAAAGCCAAGCAGCUCUAUGGCAAGAACUCUGUGACUCUGAUAUCUGAGGAACACCCAUUUGGAGCUAAAGAAAUUGUAGUCCGCAAGUUUGAAAUCACUGAUGAGAAGAACACAGCAGUGUUCACAGUAACGCAGUACCAUGUCCUGUGUUGGGCAGAGGAAGGUAAGAUGGCGGCUGGACUCCUGCUGCAGAUGAUCUCAGACCUCAACAAACUCCAGAGGAACACUGAGAACAAACCCAUCACUGUCGUCUGCAAGUAUGUCUCCCUCUGUUUACCACCAUUGCACUCCCCCUAACCCCCUCCCCUCUCUGUAGUGAUGGUAUGGGAAGAACUGGAGCAUUCAUCUGUGUCCAUGCUAUGUUGGACAGAGUCAACUCUGAACACAUCCUCGAUUUCUUCCAGUUUGUCAAGUCCUCCCGCAUCAACCGACCUGACAUCAUUAGAGAGGAGGAGCACUAUGUAAUGUGUCAUGAAGCAGUGGCUGAGUAUCUGGAUAGUUUCCAAACCUACGCAAACUUCACCUGAACUGGAGUCACAUGAUAAACUCAUGACUGUCAUGUGACAUUAGGACACCACUAAUUUUUUAGUUGUUAUGUGUAUUUUUGGUUGUGUGAAAUAAUAUUUUUUACUUUAGCAAAGACUGUACUAAGUGUGUAUAAUACUAUACAGAUUAUAUCAUCUUAUUGCUGUGCUGUUAUUUCAGUUGUGCUUCACACGUACAUGUAUAUAUACAGAAUAUGAAAUAAG